AUGGCGACGCACAUGCAUGGAUUCGAUCCCAUGGUGAGUGGUGAGACCUCCGUGCCCGCCCAAACGGACACGUCGAGUGCAGUAGCGACGAAACAGGCUGCCUGUGUGGACCCCGCUGAGCCACGAAAGGUGGUAGCAGCCGCGAAGAAGGCUGGCGUCGACUUGAAGAUGUGUCUCUGCACACACAAGCAUCUGGACCACUCGGGAGGCAAUGAGGAGCUUUCGGCGACACACCCAGAAAUCGAGAUUGUCGGCAGCGGCUACGAGCAGACGCCGGGAGUUCAAAAGACAGUUCGAGACGGAGACAGCCUCUCUCUAGGCUCUCUACAAAUCCGCGUCCUGCAUGCGCCGUGUCAUACCGGCGGACACGUUCUCUACUUUGUCACUUCUCCGCAGCAACCGCACUUGGCACCGAUCAUCUUCACAGGAGACACUUUAUUUGUCGGCGGCUGCGGACGUUUUUUUGAAGGUUCUGCGGGGCAAAUGUGCCACGCUCUGCUGGAUGUCAUCAGACCGCUCCCAAAGGAGACCCGGGUGUAUUGUGGCCAUGAAUACACGAAGUCGAAUCUGGAAUUUGCUUUGCGGGUGGAACCGGACAACACGGAUUUGCAGGAGAAGUACAGAUGGACGGUCGAGCAACGGAAUGCGAACAGGCCAACAAUUCCGUCCACAGUCGAGCAGGAAACGCGAUUCAAUCCCUUUAUGCGCGUCGAGGAGCGAACAGUGCAGGAGGCGAUGCAUUCCGUGGGAGAUAAAGUCGAGACCAUGCAGCGUCUCAGAGACAUGAAGAACCGUUCUUGA